GCGGGGCGAGCGAGCCAUGUCAGAGUUCCAGAUUUCGGUGGAAGAGCUCAACGACCUGCUGGCCAACGGCAGUGGCUGUUACAGCCUCCCCAGCGCGCACAGCAACGAAGUGGCGCCCCGCAUCCACGUGGGCAACGCGCUUGUAACAGGCACUCCUGGGUAGCAGUGAAUGUAUCUGGAAGAUAACCGUGUGCCCUAUCCAGCUGUGGUCAUGCCUUGUGGAAUGAAUACUAUCUAUAUUCUGUUGCUGUAUAUCUACAUCUACAUAUUCUCUGCUUAUUUUAGAACUAGGUUCAUAGCCAAAAAUGUCAUGCGCUUACAACGCCUGGGUAUCACUCAUGUCCUCAAUGCUGCAGAAGGCAAGUCUUUUAUGCAUGUGAACACAAAUGCUGAAUUUUAUGAAGGAACUGGUAUCAUCUACCAUGGCAUCAAGGCCAAUGACACCCAGGAGUUCAACCUCAGCCGUUAUUUUGAAGAAGCUGCUGAAUUUAUUGAUGCGGCAUUAGCACAGAAAGAUGGUAGAGUGUUUGUCCACUGCCGUGAAGGCUACAGCCGCUCUCCCACCCUCGUCAUCGCUUACCUCAUGCUUCGGCAGAACAUGGACGUCAGAAGUGCUGUCAGUGCCGUCCGGCAGAAACGGGAGAUUGGCCCCAAUGAUGGCUUCUUGAAGCAGCUGUGCCAGCUCAAUGAGAAGCUGGUGAUGGAGAGCAAGCUGAAGAAAGCAUAGGCACCACUUAGCCUGUGGCCUCUCUGCACUUCUCGCCAAACACUGUUAAUUGCUUUGGGUUGAGAGCUGCCAGGCUGCACAAGCGAGGCAGGAGAAAGAUUGGGUGGGGUGGUUUCAAGUAAUACCAGAAAACUACUGCAGGAUUGUGGCACCCUCAGUGUGGAUCCCCACCUUGUCCAGCCAGGCACCAGCUCACAUAUCUUUAUUUUGGAAUUUGUUGAGUAUAGUUUUGUUUGUGUGAGAAGAGAGAGGAAGAAAGUUGAAGGGCUUGGUUUCAAAGCACUUUGUGUCAUGAUUAUAACUGUCUUAAGUUUCACAGGAUAUGAUUUUGCUGUUGUCCUCAUUUGCUUAGCCAGCCAUUCCUGCCUCCACCCCCCCUUGUAGAGUGAAUGGAGAGUUUUUUUCUUCACAUGUUUAGAAGUAAGGGCUGUCCUUUACAUGGAAGGCAGCCCGGGCCAAAGGUGUGGGAUUAGAUUCGAGUCCAUAUGAUUUAUUUGCAGGGCAAAGUAGAGUUCUUUUGAUUUUCCCAAAAAGUUUAUAUAAAUAGCCCACACUCUAAAACUAUAGACCUCAGGUGCCAGGGCAGUGUUAGAUUAAUUUCUCCAGCUGCUGAAUCUUGGAGAGUCUUAAAGCAGGUAGCUCUAUUUUGCUGAGCCAGAUUUUGCCAUUUAGUUCCAAUCUAUUUCACAAUUUUAAGAAUGGUAACAUUUAAAAAUGAAACAAAUUAUUGAGGUCAUCUAGUUUGCACAUAAAUGUGCAGGUGCACAUGCAUACAUUCAGAUGCAGUGGCAUGAAUGUGCAGUAGUGGCUCUUUUUGAUAGCUGGCCUUCCAGGCUACUUAAUACCUUCAGUAAAGGAAAUCCCACUUUCUUCUGAGAGAAGUUAAUUCACUAUCCAACAGUUCUUAGCCACUAGAAAGGUUUGUCCUGAUGUUUUGCUGCAAUCUUCCUUGGCCUUGAUACCUCUUGCUUUAAUUCCUGCCUUUAAGAGCAGAGUUGGUCAAGCUUGGGAACUUUAAUAUGUGUAGACUUCAAUUCCCAGAAUUCCCCAUUUGUCCACACAUAUUAAAGUUGCCAAAGUUGAGAAAUGUUGUUCUAGAGCAAGAGCUCCUUUCUCCGUGUCAUAUCUUUCAACUAUUUGAAGAGAGUUAUAUGGUUUCCUCUUAGGGCUGAGGCUGGGUACUUCCAUUCUUUGGAACAAGGAUGCUAUCUAGAGUAGGUCAUAAGCAAUAAAUUGACUAGCCGGGAUCAGUGUCAAGAGUGUCUGCAAAGAGGCACCCUGGCUGUCAAAUGUAUGUGUGGGAGUGUUUGUAUACACAUGCAUGCACACCACCACCACAUAGGUCUUUCGCUUAUGCUAGUUAAAGUAGGCCCCUUGGGUCAUCACAAGAUAGGAAAGUAAAUGUUUAGUAAAAAGAAGCACAAUUUCUUGUCAUCAAAUUAUCCUUCUGUUUAACUGUGCUUGAUAUGUGGAUAUAAAAUAGAUGUUAUACAGUACUGAGACAUGCACGCAUACAUAGCCAAAUGUAGAAGUAAUGAAAAAGCCAUCCAAGAACAAACUUAAUGUAGUAAUAUUUUCUAUAUAGUGUUGAUAUAGGUGGGUUUACAGCUUCUGUGUUAGAAGCAAAUUCUCCCCCUCCUUUUUUUUGUUUUGUUUGUCCUGUCCUUUUGCCUUCUUGUUUGCCUACAAAGUUACCAAGACAUACCUCUGUUUCAAUACAGUCGGUAUGAUUUUGGCUGUGUUAGGCUGCACUGGCAAUAGAAAUAGCUUGUUUCCUGCUGAGUUUCAGUAAGGGAUAUUAGCAAUCUGCUUCUUCUUCACCAGAGGUCUUUGACAAUAGUAAUAAUGGUUGUUGAAGUGCUGGAUUUGGUAAGUGGAACAAAUUAACCUAAAUAAGCUGAUCAGGUAAUUUAAUUUAUUCUGGCAACACAGAUAUUCAUAGCCUUAUGCAAGAGCUGUGUUGUAUGGAAUUCUGUGUAGUUACAUUUGAGAUCUCUCUCACUAGCCUCCCCACCAUCUUAUUUUCUACAAGAGAGCACUAAACUGAAUUUUUUCAGAAUAAUUUUUUCUGACUAUGCUUUCCAGAAUGUUUUUUUAUUACUCUUAAAAGAUUAUUCUCUAGAGAUUAUGAAAUUGUAUUCCAGAAACAGAUUGGAAUUAGUUGCUGAACAUUUUUAUUUUAUUUAAUAUUUUUAUUCCACUAAAUAGAAUUAAGACCAGGGGGAGGGGAUGUUUUGCUUUUUUUGAAAUGUGAGAGAAAUAUGUUAAUUCUGCUUCUUCUACUUCUCACUUCCAGUCCUUUUGCAAUGGCUUCUGGCCAAGUGAUGAUGUUACGGGAACCCAAUUCAGAUCCCCAUUCAUCCUGGAAGUUCAGUCUCUAGAUGAUGAUAGGCUGCUUCCCAUCUCUCAGCAAAACCAACUUCCUUCUAUUAUUGUGAACAUUAAAAGGGGCAGGAAAACUAACAUUGAUUGAUCUUCCUUGAAGAACAGGUGUUGCAAUUGAAUAAGAAAAAAGUUUGCCUGCCCUUUUUUCCCCAUGCAUUUUCCCCACAAUCAUGUGUCGGUAUCCACACGUCUUAUAGCCAUAUUGGUGCAGUUGCUGAUGAAAGCACAGAUUUAGAGCACUGUCUUAGGUUCACAGAGAAAUAUUCUAAAAAUGACAAACUCAAUCUAGACAGCUUAAAAAAAUCUAUAUAAAUUUUAAUUGAGCUGUAAAACUGUUGGGUUUAUUGGAAAUCAGAGUUCUGGCACAAAUUUCCCGGCACUCUGAGCUCUGGCACAAGAACUGAACCACUGCCAACCCCUUACCUACUUUCACUGCCUUGUUUCUUGCCAUCCUUUCUUGUCUUUGAGGAUGACAAGUCUGCCUCUUCCAGCCCAGAAUUACAGCCUUAAAUUAGUAGUGGAGCAUACACUUUGCAUGCCAAACAUCUCUGAUCCACUUCAACCCUGGUAUCUCCUGUUAAAAAGAGGCAAUAGUCUGAUCAGGAAGAGCCACAGCCUGUUUAGGUGGAUAGUAUAGGGCUGGCUGGAUUAGCAGCUUCAGUUGGGCAUGGGGUGGCUUCAUUGUUCUUAAGAAGGAAAUAAUAGCUUCACUGUUGCUUCAAAAAGUUGCUGACAAAUUUCUAUUUUUUUCAAUAAUUUUAUUAAAGAUGAUAUGCUGAUAAAACUAAUACAAGUACAUAGUACAGAAAUACAUUAAAAAAAUAAAAAUUUACAAAGAGUAAAAAAAUAUUGAAAAAGAAAUCUCCCCUUUCAUCUCCAGCAGAUAUAAUCAACAUUAACAAGUUUAUCUCUUAAAAUACACCUAAGCACCAUCUCAUUCCAUUCUCUAUAAACCCUUCUCUUAAACCUCAUUUCUCCAUAUUAAUCAACAAAAAUCCAGUAAGAGUUAUCCGAAAUUACAAGUAUUACAAACUACAAGAGGCUGCAAAAACAUCACUCCUUGCCAUUUACUCAAAAGUCUUCAGCUGUCUAGAAUAUAUCUGGGUAAUCUCAAGAUGUCUUCUUGAUUGGGGGAGAAUUUUCAGCAAUUCAGACUCUGCAUCCAGCUGCCUUUUGUUUCCUGCUGUCUAUAGAACAUCAGUUUGCCAUUCUUCACCAAAAGCAGGGGGAAAAAAAUGCUUACAAAUUUCUUGACUAAAAACAAUGAAAUUUGCAAUCCUCUGUAUCUGCAACUCUUAUUAAUCCUCUUUUCCCAGAGGAUGAUGGAAGCCACAACUCUGUGGAGGCUACAAAAUUGGAGGUGGUUGUAUUGCAGUAUUCCAAUUAAUAACCUGUAAUUAAAAUUAAAAUAAUUAUGUGCAAGGAUGUGAGUUCAAACCUUCCCUCUCCCCAAAGAAACACGACAGGAAUAAAUUUAUUAAGGGAGCCCAUGGCUUAGAGGUUCUGUAUGUGAGGUUUUGGUGGCAGAAGAUAUGGUGUGCUCCUUGUUCUUGAGACCCUGCAUUGCUAUGAUUACAAAUUGAUUGUUAUAUUAAGAAAAGGGGUCAAACAGCCAGGAGAUGCUCAAUAAUGAAAGGAAAUGGAAUAACUUCUCUGAAGCAUCUUUAUUUUUUUUUUUAAUGUGUUGUGAUAUUUAUCAUUUGUUAAGAGGGGAGAUAAUCCACAAAUGUUCAAUAAAACUGACUGUGGCAUUCAA